AAUGCAAAAAAAAAGUGCCAAUUCCUCAAAAAGGCAUCGAUUGCAGGUGAUUGCUAUUACUGUGUAGCAGGUUGCCCAGAACCACGUGCCGAUCAUGCUCGUUGUUGUGUUGAAAUGGGACUUGCAAUGAUCAUUGCUAUUCGGCAAUUCGACGAGGAUCGUGGCCAACAGGUCAACAUGCGUGUUGGCAUACAUACCGGAAAAGUAAUGUGUGGUAUGGUUGGCAUGAAAAGGUUCAAAUUUGAUGUUUUUUCAAAUGAUGUAACGCUAGCAAAUGAAAUGGAGUCAACAGGACUAGCGGGUCGUGUACAUGUCUCCGAAGUCACUGCGAAAUUCCUCAACAACGAAUAUAUCCUAGAGGAUGGCCCCGAACAUGCUGGUAUGCUGCUUGUUCAUUUUUUUAGGGCAAUAAUAUCCCGAAAAAUCCGAGAAUUCGGAAGCGUGGGAAUUUUUGGAUAUACAUUUUCUGAUACAUGCAGCCCAGGAUCAAAAAGUCUGGCAUAGCU